UACGUACGACGUCACUCUCCCGGCAGCCAAUCGCGUGCCGCGGCCCGAGGAGAGUGACGCAGAGCAGUCGGCGGUUCGAAACCCUCCGCGGUGGUUCGAGUGUUCGCAGCCGAGAUGAACAGUGUCGGGGAGGCGUGCACGGAGCUGAAGCGCGAGUACGACCAGUGCUUCAACCGCUGGUUCGCGGAGAAGUUCCUGAAGGGGGACCGGGGGGGGGACCCGUGCACCGACACCUUCCGGAAGUACCAGCGCUGCGUGCAGGCGGCCAUCAAGGACAAGGACAUCCCGGUGGAGGGGCUGGACUUCAUGGGCCCCAACAAGGACAAACCGGAGAGCUGAGGCGGUGCACACCGGGACUCACCGUGUCCACGGGGCCCACCGAGCAUGCGCAGAAGCGGUGCGUGCGUGCGUGUGUGUGUGCGUGUGCUUGGCUGCAGUGACCUCCAGAGGGCGCUGCAGCGGAAACCACCGAUCUUUUAAUCGGUUAGUCGAUCGACAGGAAACGAACCAGCGACGAUCGAUUGUUUGAGCAAAAAAAAAAAAAGUUGUUAUUGUCACGUGUCUGCGUGUUCACUGGGUUUCAGACAUCACCAAUCAAUAACGAUCCCAGGAUGAAAACCGAUGACGACGUCUCCAUGGACACGACGACCUUUGACGGAUUCUUUGCUUCACACUUAGUUUUGAAAUGACCGGAGGAAAAUAUGGAUUCCUGUCAGAACAUUUGCUCUUUUGGAUUUUCUGUUGGGGACAUUCAUCCAUCGCUGUUGUCAAAGGUCAAUGAACGCCUGUCAUAUUUAGCCUUCACUGAACUUCCUGUACUUAAUGUUUCCUUCAGUUUAUUUUUUUUGUUCAUGUGAACACGUGUGAAAACCUGACGUGUCUUAGCCCUGGACCAUGACCUGAAUAAACUCUCCCUUUAAAGCA